AUGAAAAAGCAAAAUCAGAGCUCGGUGGUUGAAUUUAUCCUUUUGGGCUUUUCUAACUUUCCUGAACUCCAAAAACAACUUUUUGGUGUUUUCUUGAUUAUUUACCUAGUAACUGUGAUGGGAAAUGCCAUUAUUAUAGUCAUCAUCUCUCUGGCACAGAGUCUCCAUGUCCCCAUGUACCAAUUUCUCCUGAACUUGUCUGUGGUGGAAGUGAGUUUCAGCGCAGCCAUUAUGCCUGAGAUGCUGGUGGUCCUCUCCACUGAAAAAACGACAAUUACUUUUGCAGGUUGUUUUGCACAAAUGUAUUUCAUUCUUCUUUUUGGUGGGACUGAAUGUUUUCUCCUGGGGGCAAUGGCUUAUGACAGAUUUGCUGCAAUUUGCCAUCCUCUGAACUACCCAGUGAUUAUGAACAAAAAUGUUUUCAUGAAAUUAGUAAUGUUCUCAUGGGCCUCAGGGAUCAUGGUGGCUACUGUGCAGACCACAUGGGUAUUUAGUUUUCCCUUUUGUGGCCCCAAUGAAAUUAAUCAUCUCUCCUGUGAAACCCCAGCAGUGCUGGAGCUUGCAUGUGCAGACACCUUUUUUUUUGAAAUCUAUGCAUUCACUGGCACCAUUUUGAUUAUCUUAGUUCCAUUCUUGUUGAUACUAUUGUCUUAUGUUCGUAUUCUCUUUGCCAUCCUGAAGAUGCCAUCCAACACUGGGAGGCAGAAGGCCUUUUCUACCUGUGCCUCCCAUCUGACGUCUGUUACCCUCUUCUAUGGCACAGCCAAUAUGACUUAUUUACAGCCCAAGUCUGGCUACUCUCCAGACAGCAAGAAACUGAUAUCUCUGUCCUACUCACUUCUUACCCCUCUGCUGAAUCCACUGAUCUACAGUUUUCGAAACAGUGAGAUGAAAAGAGCUUUGAUGAAAUUAUGGCAGAGAAGAAUUGACUUACACACAUUUUGA